GAAUACAACACCCUGACGUCCUGCUCCAUGAGUGAUUCAGCUAUGCUUGCUUUUUGUGAUUUGGAUUGCAGUGUUAAUCACUCCUACAGCUCAUAAUACAGGGAACGGGUGACGGGAAGCUACAAUUUUGCCCUGGAUCGGCCAAAAACACGAUUGAGAGACAGUGGCUGGCUGAACCCUGUUCUAUAGCUCAUUCCGCUCAUUCAUGUCGUAAUGGGAUUCAGCGACUUCAUGGUCUGUGCAUGAACGGCGGGUCAGCAUGUACUGCCAUAAGAAAGGUGACCAUCGCUAACGACCAUGGUACACCAGUACACCAGUUUUGCGCCAGACCUCACUGCGAAGUAAUGGACUCGACAGAGCGGUUGAUUGAUUUGGCAAUUCAGACCCGUCUGCUUAGUUUGAGCAGUCGUGGUUGGGGAAUUGCUGACGAGCCCUUUUUUGUCGCGGAUCUGGGUCAGGUUAUCCGCCAGCACCGCCGAUGGAGGGUAAACCUGCCCGACGUACACCCUUUUUUUGCGGUGAAAUGCAACCCCGAUCCUAAUCUACUCAAACUUCUAGCAGACCUGGGCACAGGCUUUGAUUGCGCCUCGAUAGAGGAGCUACGUACAGUUCUUAGUCUAGGGGUCGAUCCAGGUCGCAUCAUCUUCGCCAAUCCCUGUAAAUCUGCCUCCUCUUUGGUUUUUGCGGCUCGAACAGGUGUGACGCGAACGACCUUUGACAACCUUGAUGAGCUGGAUAGCAUCCGAACCUUCCUACCAAAUGCACAACUUGUCCUGCGAAUUUUUGCCAGCGACAGUGAUGCUUUGAUAAACCUGGGAGAGAAGUUCGGUGCCACAGUAGAGACCUCAUUACCUCUAUUGCAACGAGCACGACAACUAGGGUUAGAUGUGUGCGGGGUGAGUUUUCAUGUUGGGACCGGGGCGUUCAAUACUUCAGCCUAUGUGAACGCCAUCCGGCAUGCCAAGAUUGUCUUCGGAUAUGGCAAGAGCUUGGGGUUUGACAUGAGCCUUCUGGACAUUGGUGGAGGGUUCCAGGACUGUAACUUGGAAGAUAUUGCAUGUUCUCUGCGACCAAUUCUCAAAGAAGAGUUCCCUUCUGGGGUCCGCUUGAUUGCCGAGCCGGGUCGUUAUUAUGCUCGCAGUGCCUACACCCUCGUGUGCAAGAUUCUGUCCAGACGGCGUCACAUCGGGACGGAUGAUCACGAUAAGCCGGAUAUGCUCUACCAGAACGACGGGGUAUAUGGAAGUUUUAUGAACGUACUGAUUGAGAAAGAAACUGUGCGGCCAUCCUUGGUCGCGUACACUUGGCCAUUUCACAGCCACGACAAUGAUACUCGGCGGAAACUCCAGGAGCAUCGAUACACUAUCUGGGGCCCCACUUGCGACAGCGUGGAUUGUGUUGCAAAAGAUGUGCCCAUGAACUCCGAGAUACGCAUAGGUGAUUGGCUCAAGUACAAGAAUAUGGGUGCCUACACCACAGCAACGGCGACUCGGUUCAAUGGGUUUUCGAACCAGCAUGACGUGAUCUACAUUAAUACAGAGUCGAUGGACUAUCAAGUGAUGCACUGGAAGGCGUUGGCAAAUCUGCAUCAGGAUCAUUUGCGUACUUUUACCAUCUCAGUUUGAUUUUCUUAUCUUUCUAGCUUAACCCAUGUCGGUGCGGGAAAAUGC